AUGUCUCUCCCUCUGCUUCUGUUCUUCAUUCAGUUCUGGAGUCCGUCUCUCCAGCAGUUUCCUCGGCCGUGCACCACACCGGACGUCCUGCAGAGCAAGCGCUGCUGUCCGGUCUGGCCGGGCGACGGUUCGGUGUGCGGCUCCCUGUCGGGUCGAGGCUUCUGCCAGGACGUCACGGUCUCCGAUCUUCCCGACGGGCCGCAGUACCCACAUUCAGGCCUGGACGACCGCGAGCGCUGGCCUCUGGUGUUCUACAACCAAACCUGCCAGUGCGCCGGAAACUACAUGGGCUUCGACUGCGGCGAGUGCAAGUUCGGUUACUUCGGCGCCAACUGCGGGGAACGACGGGAAUCUGUGCGCAGAAACAUCUUCCAAUUAUCCGUGUCUGAAAGGCAGAGGUUCAUCUCGUACCUCAAUCUCGCCAAAACUUCCAUCAGCCCCGAUUAUGUGAUCGCGACGGGCACGUAUGCGCAGAUGAACAACGGCUCGACGCCCAUGUUCGCCGACAUCAGCGUGUACGAUCUGUUCGUCUGGAUGCACUAUUACGUGUCCCGUGACGCGCUGCUCGGGGGUCCCGGGAACGUGUGGGCCGACAUUGACUUUGCGCACGAAUCGGCCGCGUUUCUGCCCUGGCAUCGCGUUUACCUGCUGUUCUGGGAGCACGAGAUCCGGAAGCUGACCGGGGACUUUAACUUCACCAUCCCGUACUGGGACUGGCGCGACGCGCAGGACUGUCAGGUGUGCACGGAUGAGCUGAUGGGGGCGCGCAGUCCUCUCAACCCCAACCUGAUCAGCCCGUCCUCAGUGUUCUCCUCCUGGAGGGUGAUCUGUUCACAACCUGAAGACUACAACCAGCGUGAGGUUUUGUGUGACGGGUCUCCAGAGGGACCGUUACUGCGUAAUCCAGGAGACCACGAGCAAAAGCGUGUCCCGCGGCUGCCCACCUCCGCAGACGUGGAGUCAGUGCUGAGCCUAACAGACUACGGGACGGGCCUGAUGGACAGACGCGCCAACAUGAGCUUCAGGAACGCUCUGGAAGGAUUUGCGAGUCCUGAGUCGGGGCUGGCAGUAACGGGUCAGAGCUUGAUGCACAACUCCUUACACGUCUUCAUGAACGGAUCCAUGUCUUCAGUGCAGGGAUCCGCCAACGACCCCAUCUUCCUUCUACAUCAUGCCUUUAUCGACAGCAUCUUUGAGCAAUGGCUGAGGAGACACCAGCCCCCCCGCACACACUACCCCACCGCCAAUGCCCCGAUCGGACACAACGACGGCUAUUACAUGGUCCCGUUCAUCCCUCUCUACAGAAACGGAGAUUAUUUCCUCUCGACUAAAGCUCUGGGUUAUGAAUAUGCAUAUUUACAGGACCCAAGUCAGCGGUUUGUGCAGGAGUUUCUGACACCGUAUCUAGAGCAAGCUCGGGAGAUCUGGCGCUGGCUGCUGGCCGCGGGGAUCCUCGGGGCGGCCGUGGCGGGAAUUAUUGCAGUUAUUAUCACUGUGGCGUGUCGCAGACGGCCGAAGAGGAGAAAGUCAUAUGGGGAGAGACAGCCGCUUCUGAACAGCAGCGAAGAGGAGGGAUCGACUUCAUAUCAGACUACACUGUGACCCUACAGACGGUCAGCGAGGACGGAUACGCCGUACCGACGGGAAAAAGACACAACAGUCAGUUAACCCAGGUCAUGUGACAAACCUGACAAGGUCUCGCCUCUAAACCGGAGUCAUGC